CGCAGGUCGGUAUUCUUCAUAACCUUCGAACUCAUCGUCGAUCCUUCAACAACACACCGACGACCAUAGUCCCCUGAAGACCGUCGAUAUAUCGGGAUCCCUACGAUCAUAUCUGCGGCACACACUCCCAUACUCGAUUCCUCUCCGCUACAACCAGCAUGGCUGUCGGCAAAAACAAGCGCCUUUCCAAAGGCAAGAAAGGCCUCAAGAAGAGAACUCAGGAUCCUUUUGCCCGCAAGGAUUGGUACAACAUCAAGGCACCAAGCACAUUCCAAACCAGAGAUGUGGGCAAGACGCUCGUGAACCGAACCACUGGUUUGAAGUCAGCCAACGACGCCCUCAAGGGACGAAUCUUUGAAGUGUCGUUGGCGGAUUUGCAGACAGACGAGGACCACGCUUUCCGCAAGGUCAAGUUGCGGGUGGACGAAGUGCAGGGCAAGAACGUGUUGACCAACUUCCACGGUCUCGACUUUACCUCGGACAAGCUGCGGUCGCUGGUGCGCAAGUGGCAGAGCCUGAUCGAGGCCAAUGUGACGGUCAAGACCACCGAUGACUACCUGAUCCGCCUGUUCGCCAUUGCCUUCACCAAACGCCGACCCAACCAGAUCAAGAAGACCACCUACGCUGCCUCAUCCCAGAUCCGUGCCAUCCGUCGCAAGAUGACCGAGAUCAUCCAGCGCGAAGCAACCACCUGCACCCUCGCCCAACUCACCGGCAAACUCAUCCCCGAGGUCAUUGGCCGUGAGAUUGAAAAGUCCACCCAGGGCAUCUACCCCCUGCAGAACGUCCACAUCCGCAAGGUCAAGCUCCUCAAGGCUCCCAAGUUCGACCUCGGUGCCCUCUUGGGUCUCCACGGUGAGAGCUCCACCGAUGAUGCCGGCCAGAAGGUCGAGCGCACCGACUUCAAGGAGCCCGCUCCUCUUGAGAGUGUUUAGAUGAACAUGGUGGUGUUGGGGUGGUGCUACGGGCAAGGAAACAGUUUGGUGAAGGCUGGUGAAGAAGAAUAGGACGACAAUGACCAUGAUGCGUGUGUGUGUAUGAGGGGGUUGAUGCAAGCCAACCGCUCGCGUUCCCCCAUCAUUGCCCUUUUGAUCGGAGAUGAAGCGGGUUCGGAUGGCUAGUGGAUUCCGAGUUCGAUGUCAAAAGGGUUUCGAGCAUCAAUGUCAAAAGCAAACAUCAUCAUGGCCUCGACAUGCACCUCAAAAGUGUCGUGUCAAGACCAUGGCCAAACAACAAUAACAUCAAUCUUGCUGCAGCAUGUUCAGGGGCAGAACGCAAAGUCAUGGGUGUUGUGUUCGAUCGGCACGACCACCAUACGUCUUUGUUACUGCUGACGGCGCUGAGUCAAGACCCAUGCUAGAUAUUUAGCAUAGCAUUGUGUCAAUCACUGGAAAAAAACGAAUUGAAAAAACUA